CUGUCUAUGAUAAAUACGGGUUCCACCUAAAUCGGGAGCAUGGCCGCUCUCAGGCCUCAGGCUUCUCUCUGUUUGCAUACUGUAGUAAGCUUGUUUGUGUGACGUAUGGAAAUUUGUCAAAGCAUGUGCCAAGGAAUUUAUUAUCGAGUUUGAAAGUUAAAUGGCACGAUUAAAUGCAAGGAAGAAUGAUGCUCGAUCAACAUUAAAUCUGUGAGAUUUUUAAUGAAGUGAAAAAGUAGUUUUCGAGAAGAUCGCCGAUAAAGUGAAAAGAAAACUGUAGGUUACGUGUUGUUGAUACCAUGGCACAAUCAACAACAAGCGGAACUUCCUCACGACGAUAUAUGAGGGAACACGAAGUGCCUUCCUCAUCACGUUAUAUGGACAGCGAAUGGGAGUCCAAGGAGGCUUUGCGACAAAGAGAACUUGAAGAGGCAAGAGCACGAGCUGCACAAAUGGAAAAAACAAUGCGAUGGUGGUCAGAUUGUACUGCUAAUUGGCGUGAAAAAUGGAGCAAAGUUCGGAAUGAGAGAAAUGCAGCUAGAGAUGAAGCAAAAGCUCUAAGGGCAAAAUUAGAAAUUGCUGUUAAAGAUGCUAAUACUUUCAAACAUGACUAUCAAGAAUUGGAAUUGCAAAAUGAACAAUUGAAGAAGGAGAUGGAAAAAAUACAUAUGAUACUCUUGAAACAUGCUGGGCAGUUUGACCAACAGAUUUUUACUAUUUUAGAAUCAGACCCACAAUUAAGAGCUACUUUUGGAUUAGAUGAACAGUUGGAGUUUUAUAGUAACAUUGAACCUAAUGAUACAUUAAAUACACAAAGGAAUAUAUUAUCUUGUAAAACUUUACACGAAGCAUCAGAUGUUGCUUCGGGAAGUCAUAAUAUCUUGCCAGAAAGGGAUAUUGAGGAGUAUGUUUUGCAAGGUGCAGUGCCAAAACAUGCAGUGGAAUUGUAUAAGGAAAGUCCUAAUAAUUCAUUAGAUAAAAAUAUCACGAAACUAGUCAUGGAUAAUAAUGCUAAAAAAGAUGUACUGGAGAAGCAACAAUUGUCUUUAGAUGUCUAUGACAAAGAAUGCCUGACACAAAAAAUGUCGACAUUGCAACUUAAAUUAGAAGAGGCAACAAAAACUAUUUCUGUGGAAAGGGAGGAAAACAAUUCUCUACAUCGUACUGUGGAAAAAUUGAAAGCUGAACUUAAACAAUUAAGGGAACAAUGUGAGGAACUAUCUGAAAGUAGAGCAGAUACAAUGAAAGAGUUGUCACAGUUAAAAGAACGAUUUCAAUUUGAACUUAAUGAUGAACACAUAGCUGAUUUAAUAGACGACACUAGUAAUGGAGAGGGAAUGGAUCGUCGUUUAAGUGAAUUAAGAACUGAACUAGAAAGACUUCAAGUUGAAAAUGCAGCUGAGUGGAGUAAAAGGGAGAGAUUAGAGACUGAAAAAAUUUCUUUGGAACGAGAAAAUAAGCUGCUUCGUUUAAAAUUAUAUGAAUUGCAAGAAAAAAUGGAAUCACGACGACCACGACCGGUGUCUACAGCUGAUACAGACACGAGGCAAUUACAGCAUGAAAUUCUAGUUCGCAACAUGGUACUGCUUGAAGUAAAGCAGUAUCAAGCGGCGCUAAAACAAUCCUUAGCAGAAAAAACAACAGAAUUAUCACACGCGAUGAGACGGUCCGAGCAAUAUGAAGUAGAGGUGAAACGAGUGAGAGGAAGAGUCGAGGAGUUAAAGAAAGAACUGGCCGCUGCUCAAGAUGAAGUCGAUACUGCUACAAACAGCGUACGAAAAUUACAACGAACCAAUGAAGAUCUUAUGGAACAAUUAGAAUCUGCAAAUGUACAAUUGGAGCAUUUUAGAAAUAGCAAAAACGAAUCGUGUGCAGCAGAUACUGCUGGAGACAGAGCAGGAGAACAAAAAUUCCAAGUAAACAAUUCCGAUGAAUAUGCUGAAGUUUAUGAUCGACAGCAAGCCUAGUAUUCACUCGUGUUGAUAAUAAUGGCAUAUUUAAGUUAAAUAACGAAAAUGCAAAUUGGAUAGAUGAUUUCUCAGCGAGCCUAAAGUACAUAAUUAAAUUUUUUUCAAAUUUAUCCAUUGAGCGUGAUACUUCGACGAAUUGUACAUGUCGAAUAACUAUCGUAAGUUACAUGUUUAUUGUGUUUAAUGAUAAACAUAAAACAUCAAUACUUCCAAUAGCAUAAAUGUAUAUAUUGCUAGUAUAUAUUGAUGUAAUGUGCAAUUUUAAUUACUUGUCGAUUGAUAAGAUUGAUAAGAUGAGUCAUUAUGUUGCAGCAUUUAUUGUUUAGUAGUUCAUAUAUUUACUCAAUUUAUUGUUAGAGAGAUUGUGUUCAUCUUUAUCAUUAUUUUCUGUAAAUAAUCAUUUCAUCGUAGUAUUUUUUUUUUAUUUUUGUAAAUCUUAUGAACAUUUUUUUGGCAUUGAUGGUAUUUUAUAAACAGUUUACAUUCCGCGUUAUUAUUUUAUUACGUAUUUU